GUCCACCAUUCUCUGCAGUCUGCAGUGGAUAUGGCGUCACUGAAAUGCACUGAAAAGUGUAGGAGUCGAGAAACUUCACCCAUGUAAAUAACGUCAACGAGAUAGCGGUUUAUUUUAUAAAAUUAAUUCACCAGCUUAUUUUAAGUAUGCCAAGGAAGAAGCCAUUCAGCAACAAACAGAAGAAGAAACAGCUACAAGUCAAACGGGAGAGAAAGAGAGGUGACACAGGAUCAGGGCCAAGCAGCCGCAAUGCCAGUAUUGAGCGAGGAGAGCGACAGUCUGACACAUCAGACAGUGAAACCACUGAUAUUAGGAGAAUAAAUCAACAGCCCUUUAGCAGAGAAGGUAGAUAUGACCCCAACAGGUACCGACUUCACUUUGAGAAAGAAAGUAAAGAGGAGGUGGAAAAGAGGAAGAAGCUAGCCAGAGAGAAGGUGCUGCAGCCUGUCUCAGACAAAGAACUUGAGACAGAGAUCCAUGACAUCUACCCCUCAGAGAAAGGACUUGGUUUCCCACGACGACCGUCCUGGAAUUAUGAGAUGACACGAGAGAGCCUGUUGAGGAAAGAGGAGAAGUCAUACAGAGAAUACCUGGAUGAUCUGCACUCUAGAAACCCACUUGGCUCUCUCAGCCACUUUGAACACAAUCUGGAGACGUGGAGGCAGCUAUGGAGAGUGUUAGAAAUGUCGGAUGUCAUCCUGCUCAUCGUGGACAUAAGGCACCCAGUGCUGCAGUUCCCCCCUGCCCUGUACCACUACAUCACAGGAGAUCUUCAGAAGCAGGUGAUUUUGGUUUUAAACAAAGCAGACCUGUGUCCUCCCCCACUGGUGAUUGCCUGGAAACACUACAUGACCUCCCAGUUCCCCCACCUGCAAAUAGUCUGCUUUACCUCCCACCCUGGGCAGCCUUACAGCACAGUGCUCCAAAAGAAGAGAAUGAGGAGGAAGGCUGACUGGAAUCAUGCUGGAGGUCCGUUAGAUAUCCUGAAGGCCUGUCAGGAGAUCACAGCAGGAAGAGUUGACUUGUCCAGCUGGGAGCAGAAGAUUCAAAGAGAUGCCGCUGCUGAGCGUCUAGAUGGGGAGCGGCCAGAUGAAGGAGCAGAGUCUGUGCUGGUGGAGCAUCAAAGUGACAGCGCUAUGGACAUGAGCAGCCCAUCCCAGGAGCUCUACAAAGAUGGGGUUCUCACGCUGGGAUGCAUAGGCUUUCCAAAUGUAGGUAAGUCAUCUGUGAUAAACAGCCUCGUGGGGAGGAAAGUGGUCAGUGUGUCUCGAACCCCAGGCCACACCAAAUACUUCCAGACCUACUACCUCACCCCGACAGUGAAACUCUGUGACUGCCCUGGACUGGUUUUCCCCUCCCGCGUCGAUAAACAGUUACAGAUUCUGGCAGGUAUCUACCCAGUGUCUCAGCUGCAGGAGCCCUACAGCUCUGUUGGUUAUCUGUGUGAAAGAACCCCUUUUCUCUCUGUGCUGAAGCUUAAACAUCCAAGUUUACUGGACAACAAACCCCACCAGGGAAACGAGGGGUCUGAAGAGCUUAGUUGGACUGCCUGGGAUGUUUGUGAGGCAUGGGCAGAAAGGAGAGGCUAUAAGACGGCAAAAGCAGCUCGCCAUGAUGUUUACCGUGCAGCGAACAGUCUCCUGCGUUUGGCCAUUGAUGGUAGAUUAUGCCUCUGCUUAAGACCACCUGGCUACAGCUGCCUGAGAGAGCACUGGGAAAGUCACCCAGACUUGCCGGAGAUUAUGGCACUCCAGGGAAGGACGACAGAGGAGGAAGGAGCCGGAGGGAGGGAUGAUGACGAUGAUGGAGAAUCCAGCACGGAACCUGAGGAGGAGAGAGACCGCGACGCAGACGAUGAUGAGGACGGGGAUGAUGAAGAUGAGGGGUUUGGACAUCCAGGAGGGACGGGUGAUAAGCCGUCUGGCUUCACUGUCAACAUGUACAACGUCCUCCGGGAAAAUGAGUGCGAGUAGUAAUGGAUGAUGAGCACAAAAACAAAAUGUUGUCCUCUUUCCAGAGUUUACCCAGUUUUCCCUCAGUGCAUUCUUCAUUCCUUUUUACCUAAAUCUGCAUUCCUUCUCAUUUUCUCUUGCAUCUCUUCUACUCAUGUCAACAUCUUCUCUGUAUGUUGACAUGAUCUAAUCUAAUAAAUUCAACCUUUUCCCUAUAAUAUACAGAGCAUAUUCAUGUAUUCCAUGCUGUGCCUCUGCUCCGCUUGUUCAUCCAUGAAGCUUAUUCUUUAGUGUUGCUUCUCGAAAUGGGUUUGGUUUGGUUUUAUUAAAUCUUUGUUUUUGCACGUAGUUCUCAGAGAGAAAUGAACAACCUUCCUUUAGCCUGGAAUAAUUAUCUGACAGAUUUUUGAUCUAUUUAUCAAUAAGUGACUUCACAGCUGAGAUGCCAAAGUUCAGGGAGCGCCGACAAAACAAAUCAGAGGCACUGUCACUAUGAUGUCAUUGACUGAAGCCACUGCUAGACAUUUGGAGCAGCUGGGGAUUUAACAACAUGGCUCUAAAUCUUCUUUAUAGACCAGAGUUUGUCAAAACUUUGGUCAAAGGGUGUGGGGUGUGAUAUGGGAGGUAUGACCAUUAAAGAGGAAUGCGUAAUACCAACAUUCGUUCUCAUAAUUUUGCUGAACGUAGUUUCACAGCUCAGCCAGAGAUCAUUUAUUUUGUUCUUAUUUUAAUUAAAGUUUGACUGGGAGUGAUGUUUAGUUUCUGUAGCUCUGCAUCACAGAAUCUUCAUAAAAAUAUUUGUACAGGGUUGGUUGGCAGUGGGAUUGUUACUUCCUGUAUAGCUGGAUGAAUUCAUUUCAGGAAUUUAACCUGUAGUGUUUUAACUACUCCAAAAACAGUCCUUCAGUCCUAAUAGAGAUCUACAGUAUUAGGUGCAGAAUGAUUGCUACACUAGCUCUGCUGGUUUGUAUGUUUAAGACAUUUCAGUGGACUCAAACCAGCCGGAACGGCUAAGGAAUAGUUUGCCAUUUUGGGGAAUUCAUUUACUAAUUUGUAACAGAAAAAUGGAUGUGAAGAUGGAUGACCCUCAUGUGUCUCAGAAACGGAGAAGGUUAGCUUUGCUUAACAAAGAGACUGGAAAUAAGAUAUAAAUAAGCCUGACUCUGUUGAAUGCUGCAAAAAUAGCUAAAGAUCUCCAAGUUUGUACAAAAAAGAGGGAAAUUUGUCAUUUUAUUUGAUCCCUUUUUUUCUGUUUCAACCUCUUCAGCAGCAACUACCUAAACUCUCUGCUGGUGGCCAUUGAAGACUGCCUAGAACCCCUCCCCAAACAAAAAAAGAUCUUUCUCUACUAGGGAUACACAAUAUUAUUGGUUUGAUAUCAGUAUCGGCAGAUAUUAGCUUUCAAAGUGAAAUAUUGGUAUCGGCAUGUAUGAAAAUUCCUGCAAUAUUAACAACCGAUAUUUGGUGAUAACUGCCUAUUCAGCUGUUAUAAUUUGCCAUACGAACCAACAGAUUAGUGGAGUUUUAGGAUCGACCAACAAGCCUUUGUCAGCUGGAGUAUUUGUCUUUGUUUAUAAUCUCCCUACACUUUGAAGUAUGACUGAAUUUUGUCAUUAGUUUCAUACACAAACUUUAAAUUAUGUGCUUUAAGGACUGAAGUUUUAGGUAUGAACUACAUUUAAAUAUCCGUAUCGGCUAAAAUUAUUUUGCAAGUAUCAGCAUAUAAGAAUCCAAUAUUGUGAAUCCUUAUUUUAUACCUAUUUUUGCAUGGACUAUGGUCCCUUUUUCAGUGUUUUCCCUGAGCUAAGCUGCUGGUCGCUAUGCCAUACUAGCUUCAAAGAUGAAAGUAUGGGUCGAUACUGAUGUUUGAAAUGAUAACUGAUAUUGAAAACAUUUUUUUUCUUCAGUUCUUUUUGUGUAAGAGUCCUACCAUGCCAGGCUUGACUAUGAAAGCAGAUAAGAUCUAGUCCAACAGAUGACUUAUUUUGCUCAGAAACAACUCCAAUCUGACUCUGUAGGUGUGCUAGAUAAAUUACUGAAUCAAUUUGACAUAUCUGUUCAUGCUGCUUAAUUUGCUGAUGUUAAACCUGUGCAUCCCUACAAAACAAUCUGCUCACUUAAAUUUCCUUCUGAAAAUGAAUAAGUCUUUAAAAUGUCUCACUAUUCCUUUAACCACACAGAGAGAGUAACUAUCUUGGCUUCCAUCUGUCCAUCCUCAUAGACUACAUGACACUCCAUCUUUGCUUUACUAUUGGCUUUAUGGACUAUAUAUGUUUUUUAAGAUAUUUGUAUUCCUCUCAUUUUCUGUUCAGAUCUGAAAAUGUGACUUUUUUGACUGGUUCUCUUUCUCUCUUGCUGUUUUUCUCUCUGGCCCGCUUCAAUCCCGAGUGCUGUGUCUUUGUGUGCUGUUGUUGUACCUCGUUCAUUUAUUCUCCGAGGGACCUCAUCAGCACCGUGCUGUGUUACUGUGUAAUACAUCACACUACAGCCAUAUGCAGUCAUUUCCGUGGUACAGUUAAAGCACUUAACCAUACCAUGUUGUUUAGAAACACAACAGACUUUAAGUUGUGAUGAUGUGGAUUUAUGGAAAUAUUAAGAUACUGUGUGUGGAGAGUGUAUUGUGAAGGCUUGAGGUGUAUUCAGGCUAUUGGCUGCAUUCCUCAUUUCAUUCCUAGUAUGCCUAAAGGUGACUGGAUGGCUUUCUGCAAUAAAAAAGAUUAUUAAA